GAACUGUUUCCAGAGAUGGCUUAUCUAACUUUGCUUUUGGCUAUUCUUCAUGUGCACAAAGCAUUGUGUGAAGAGACCUUUUGGGACACAACUGUUCAGCUCUCUGAGACUAUGACUCUGGAAUGUGUGUAUUCAUUUACGGAUAACUUAACCCAGGUGGAGUGGAGCAAGAUCAAUGGCACAGAGAAAGUGACCAUAGCUGUUUACAACCCUAGCCAUCCUGUGCAUAUAGAGCAUAACUACCUCCAUAGAGUGCACUUUCUGAACUCAACAGUGGGGUUCCACAAUAUGAGUCUGUCCUUUCACAAUGCAUCUGAAGAAGACAUCGGCACCUACUCAUGCUUGUUUCAUACUUUCCCACAUGGAUCUUGGGAAAAGAAGAUAAAAGUGGUCCAGUCAGAUAGUUUUGAGAUAGCUGCACCCUCAAAUGGCCAUCUGUAUGCAGAACGUGGACAAAAUGUCACACUCAGUUGCCAGCUUCAAAGGAAAUGGCCAGUGCAAGAAGUCAUGUGGGAAAAAGUCCAGCCUCAUCAGGUAGACAUCUUAGCUUACUGUAACCUAUCUCAAAAGACAAAAUACACAUCAAGGUACCAAAGGAAAACAUGGAGCAACUGCAGCAAGGGGAGCAUGCAGAGUGUCCUCAUUAUCCCCAAUGCCGUGGCUGCUGACUCUGGAUUUUACAGAUGCCGCUCUGAGGCCAGCACCGGAGAAAAUGAAACCAUUGUCAUAAAGCUGAUCAUAACUGAUGGUGGAUCCAAUAAACAUUUUAUCCUUCCUGUUGCUGGAGGAUCAGUUUCCCUGUUGCUUGUUAUCCUAAUUACAAUCAUCAUGAUCAUAUUUUAUAACAGAAGGAGAAGGAGACAGGUGAGAACUCCACUUAAAGAGCCCAGGGAUAAACAGAGUAAGGUAGCCAUCAACUGCAGAAGUCCCACUUCUCCCAUCCAGUCUAUAGAUGAUGAGAAAGAGGACAUUUAUGUGAACUAUCCAACCUUCUCUCGAAGACCAAAACCAAGAUUCUAA